ACCAGCUGAGGUGGCUGGGAGAUGCUGGGGUACCAGCGUUGAGGGGGCACCGCCGUGUGACACAGACAGUGUCGGCGAUGCCAAAGCUGGCUCCCCAGGGCCCUUCCCCAGAGGGCUGAAGAAUGAAAAUCUCCAGCAUUGUGUUGACUAAGAUCUGCUUCCUGCUCUCCGUGUCAGUCUGCAUCAUCGUCUUCCUUCUCGGCCCCCGGAGGCUGCAUUUCCUUCCCAGGCCGGUCCCAGCCUGCAACCUCACCUGUUCCCGCAGUUUCCUGGAGCCCCGAUCUGACGUCCCCAGGCUUUCCCGCGCCGCCCAGGACGUGAGCAACCAUCCCCAAGAGGGGAAGAGAGACCACGUGAAGUCCCUUGGGAACGUCGGUCCGAAGGAUGAAUCUCGGUCAAGCGAGCGCCUUCGGUUAGAGGAUCUGUUCCUCGCGGUGAAAACAACCAAGAAGUACCACAAGACCCGCUUGGAUCUUCUUCUGCAGACCUGGAUCUCCGAAGCCAAAAAGCAGGCUUUCAUCUUUACGGAUUUCGAGGACCAAGAACUGCGCCAGAGAGCCGGAAGUCAGAUGGUGAACACGAACUGCUCCGCAGUGCACACGCGUCAGGCUCUGUGCUGUAAGAUGGCUGUCGAGUAUGACAAGUUUGUGCCCUCCUCCAAGAAAUGGUUUUGUCACCUGGAUGAUGACAAUUACCUGAAUCUACGUGCCCUGUUAGAUCUGCUUUCCGCCUUCCCACACAACACGGAUGUUUAUGUCGGACGACCCAGCCUGGAUCACCCUGUGGAGACGCUGGACAAAGUUAAAGGCGAUGGCUCGGCAUCUCUGAAGUUCUUGUUUGCAACUGGUGGUGCUGGAUUCUGUAUCAGCCGUGGUCUGGCCUUGAAGAUGAGCCCCUGGGCUAGCAUGGGAAACUUCAUUAGCACGGCAGAGAAGAUUCGGCUCCCUGAUGACUGCACCAUCGGGUACAUUAUUGAAGGAUUGCUGGAGGUGAAAAUGCAGCACAGCGACCUCUUCCACUCGCACCUGGAAAAUCUGCAGAGACUCCCCCAGAAUUCCCUACUGCAGCAGGUAACCCUGGGCUAUGGUGGCCCCGGAAACAGAAGGAACAUUGUACAAAUUGCUGGAGCCUUCAGCCUAGAGCAGGACCCAACAAGGUUCAAAACUCUUCAUUGUCUGCUUUAUCCAGAGACUAGCUGGUGUCCACAGAAGAAGCGCCCGUCUUCCUUCACAUAAGUUCCUUAUCGCACAUCUCGAUUCCACGUCUUCCAUUUUUUGUUUCUGUGAAA